AGACAUCAAUUUAUCUGAUUAUUGAUCUUAUCAGAAAAAGCUUGUUAUCUCUAUAGAUUUGUAGCAGUAUUAAGCACCUGUCCAAUGUGAACCUGUCAAUAUGAAUACUUGGAAGUUAAUCAUAUUUUUAAUAUGCUAUAUGUGGCUUAAUUUAGGAAUCAAUAGUUUAAGAUCAUAUUGUUUUCAAUUUACUUGGCCAGGGCCAAUACCUUAUAAAGAGUCUUUAAAUAAUACUUGUACAAAAAAUAGCCAUACUGGAGUACCAUGUAUAGAACCACUAAUUUAUGAUGCAUCUGGUCCACCAAAUACAACUGAAAUAUGGAUUGAUAAUAAAAAUAAAGAAAUUACUCCAAAUUCAACUAUAUGUAUUUUACAAAAAGGUUUCGCAUGUAUUAAAUAUUCCAAUGUUUACAAUAAUGCAAUUAUGUACACUUCCCAUUAUUGUGGGAGAAUAAUUGAAGACAAUACAGUAGCUGUUACAUCAGGAUGUUUCAAUUACCAAGCUGAUGCUCAUAUAAUUGAAGUUUGUGCUUGUCAAUCUGUAUCAGGAAUGACACCAUGUAACACGGCAACAAAACAGAUUUCAUCUAUUUUAAUAUUAUUUCCCAGUAUAAUAAUAUUAUUUUAUCAUUUUCAUAAUACAUAAUAAGUAGCAAAAUAAUAUUUAAAAAAUGUAAAAUACCUAUAUAUAUAUGUU